GAGAUGUUAUCAUUUUCGCGUGAUCCUUUUGCAAAAUUUCUGAAACAUGUACGCUGAUUCCCGCAGACUGUUUACCGCUCGUCACUCUGUCGCCGUUUCCCAACUCCGAUGUAGUUGUCAGAAAUCUCGACACACGUGAGAACUUAUUACACGCGGAAUAGAAAGUUAAUCGAGUGGUGCCAAAGGACAGAGAGAGGACAAUGAUCAAUACUUUCACGGUCAAUUAUACGUAUAAUACUGUUAACAUGACAGAAGGAAGCCUUACAAAGGAUCUCAGCUGACUUGUAUAGUCUUUCGUGUAACAGAUAACGCUUUUUUAGCUCUCUGCUAGCUAUGUGUUUAUACUCUUUACUUUUUGCAAACAGUUGCGAGUGAUGAUAUUUGCAUAGUCAUGCUCAACAGCAAGAAGAAAAAGACGUUAGCGUGAAAGCAGGCACAUAAUAGCAAUUACAAUUCGUUAAAGGAAGGUGUACAUCUUUACCUCCAUCAGUUCUAGGCUUUUGUUGUGAUUUGGAGUAUUUGGAAGUUUUCUAUAUUUCUGGGCAAAACCUAGAGCUUCAUCAACAACGCCAGCGAUAUUUCAUUAGUCAAGAAUGGCGAUGCAGAAGAUGAGAAGACAAGGGCAAGACGUAAUGCAGGUCAAUCUGGCGGGUAUUAGGCGAGACAUCAUGAAUCUCGCCCAUAAUUAUAGCAAUGCCCAGAAAGCUGUACGAAAAGCUACCAGCAAUGAUCCUUGGGGUCCAAGUAGUACACUUAUGGCAGAAAUCGCCGACUUAACAUACAAUGUUGUAGCGUUUACGGAAAUUAUGCAAAUGCUAUGGAAAAGAUUGAAUGAUCAUGGGAAAAACUGGCGACAUGUAUACAAAGCCUUAGUUCUCUUAGAAUAUCUUAUUAAGACAGGAAGUGAAAAAGUAGCGCAACAAUGCAAAGAGAAUAUUUUUGCCAUCCAAACCUUAAAAGACUUUCAAUACAUGGAUGGGCACAAAGAUCAAGGAAUUAACGUGCGGGAAAAAGCAAAACAAUUAGUGGCCUUAUUAAAAGAUGACGAGAGAUUGAGAAAUGAGCGAGCUAGAGCAUUGAAGGCAAAAGAGAGAUUUGCACAAUCGGUUAGUGGUUUUGGGAGCGACGGUUUGGACACAAUGUCACCUGUUAGCAGUGAUUUUCAAGAGUGGGAACCUUGUCACUUAUCCGAAUCAGCGACUAGACGUGCAACGGAAUUGGAAGCCGCAAGACCGCAAACGGUAGGCGAAGAAGAAUUACAACUGCAGCUGGCCUUGGCUAUGUCUAGAGAAGAAGCGGAGCAAGAAGAACAAAGAAGACGCAGCGAUGACGUUAGAUUGCAGUUAGCUCUCAGUCAAAGUCAGCAAGAUUUUAAAGUCCCUGAGAAGCAAAGUCAUAUGCUAGAUUUACUCGAUGUAAAUUUGGGAGAAGCAAGCGGCUCAUCUGUACAAACUGAUCCUUGGGGUAUCCCGAUAACAGCACCACCGCCUAGACCACAGCCGCAAAACGACCCAUGGAGUGUUCCAACAACGAGUACCACGUCACCCGCGGUAGACCCGUGGACGCCUGUUCCUCCACAAAGACCAAGAUCCUCAGCUGCCACUAUCGAUCCGUGGCGUGCACCUGCCCCAUCUCCCGCUACAGUCGCAUCUUCUCCGCGUACCAACGAUCCUUGGUCACCAGCUCCGCCUGCUACUACUACCGAAUCUGAGACGAAUAAGGCUGCUCAAGAUGGCGUAACAUCCCCGUCACCAUCUUUCAACAAUUCAAACUUGACGCAUAACAUCGGCUUCGCGGUAUCGUCGCCUCAGAAUAUAGGUUUCAAUUUGCCGCCGGUAUCUUCGGCCACCACCUUCAGCACUAGCAACGGUUUUAACGGCACGGGGCCGGGCUUCAAUAAUUUUUCUACUCAGAACAACGGUAACGCCGCUACGACGAGUCCCCUCAGCGAUUUAGAUGAAUUUGACGUGAUUACUAACAGAGGAAAACUCGGAGCCAGUCCGCAGACGGUGAACAACGGUGGUGCGGCAUCAUCAGGUGGAGAUCCCUUCGAUUUGGGUGGCAUAGCUGAAACCCUUCCUGCCAGUACCGGUGCUGUGAAAAAGACACCACAAUCCUUCUUAGGAGAGAAUUCUGCGCUCGUCAAUUUGGAUAAUCUUGUCAGCGCUUCGGCGAUUAAGCCAUCGGCUCCUGCGCCAGCGGCAACCAUGUCAUAUUCAGCAAAUCCAUUUGCAACUGUGACGCCACCACCCCGUCCUACAAUCAAUCAGAUUCGACAGGAUCCAUGGACAGCGAAUACAACUACUACGGCUAAUCCGUUCCUCUCGUAGCCUGAUCGAUCAAUCGAAAACUUCGCAAUUACUGCGCCCCGCGAAACGUGAUCCGCAGUUUUACAUGUAAUAUUACGGUAUUUCGGUUAACGGUUAAAAAAUGAUGAUUUUACUUAUAGCAAUUAUGGGCAGGGACAGACGUAAAUAAGACCAAUAAGAGGGCGGAGGAAAUAUCUCCAUCAAUGGAAUUUUAUUGAUAGUUUAAAACAUUACUUUUCGAUGAAUUAUAUUACAGCGCACUUAUGCUCAUUAUACAAGUCUCUUUUUUUUCUUUUUUUUUUUUUUUAAAUUUUCCUUUGCAUGUAUUACUCGCUUUUUAAAGUUUAUUGUGGAAUAAUCACCUAAAUAAUUAACUGGUAGAAGUGUGGCAUAUUUGUAAUUUAGUGAUGAAUUGAAAGGUACAACAUAAUAAUACAAAUCAUGUUUUAACUUUGAACGCUUAAUGCCAAGAUACGACUAUAGAUUUUAUAUACACUUCUUUCUCUACGAUCUAUUUUCUAUGUAUGAAUAUCAAUUCAGGGAAAGAUUGCUCAGCGAUAUUGCUUCACUGCUGGGGAAGAGACGUAAGGUAACGUUGGCAUUGAGAUAAGUUUAUGCGUUUUUAUAUACACGCGUUUUCUAUAUAGUAAAAAAAAGGGGGAAAAACGAGAUUGUGAGACUGUAAUCAUGAUUUGCAAAGCAUUAUUGUAAUAAACAGAGUUCCGUUCGCCGUUGUACGCUUAAGAUGUGUCGAUUAUGGUCUGUAAAAAAAAUUCGAUGUUGUGGCUUGCUUUCUAAUACAGAAUCUGUAAUACGAACAGCUACUGUGUUGCAAAGUGUAUACACGAAUUUCUUACAUAGCUGUAUAGCCGGUCAUUCACGAAUGACGAUACUGCGACCUAUGGCACACCAAGGCACUUCUAAACGAAAAAGCAACUGUGAAAGUAGCAUCCACGCUAAACGAUACGAACAUUAAGGAAACAAUCCAUGUUGUUUUCGCUAACCGGAUAUACCCGGCUUCAAUCAACCGUGAGCACGUUUUAAUGCAGAUCUGGCAUAGCUGAAGAAUCAAACUCAAGAGCGAAAAGAAUUGUCUCUAUCGUAUUCGAGAAUCAUCGAUAUUUAAAUAUCGAAAUAACAGUGCGUUAUUUCUAAUCCACUUUCAAUUUAAUAUUUACGUCAACGUCCAAAGUUACGUAAGAGCUCGAUCGCUCGUAGGAUAAAUUUAUAACAAAUCUACAAGAGAGAUUUUUGCCUACCCAUAUUUUAUAAAUUCGCAUGACAAGAACACGCGCGAAUCAGAUUUCUUUUAACAUACGAAACAAAUGCAGGCACGUAUUUUCAUUUAUAUAUAUAUAUAUAAAAUGUACAUAUAUUAAAGGAUAUCGUUCCCCGUUUGUUCGCAAUAUUAUUAAUGGACAAAAAGUUUUUUUUUAGUGCAUAUUUAAAAGUUGUACUCAUCAAUCUCAUGUUUUACGACUGUAGAAAAAUUUGCUGAGUUAUUUUUUUCACUUUUUUUUCAUUAGAUUUGCUAUUGCUUGUAUCAUUGAUAGUGCUUUGAUGUUAUAUAUGAUAUUAUUUAUUUUACAAUACAUGUCCGCUUAUAAAUAAUAUUGAUAUAGAUUUCAAAUAAAAAAAUUGUUUUAAUGUUAUUGAAAUCUUGCAUGAUCUCAGCAUAUUUUUCUUCAAAAUACCGACGCAUUUUACAGUUUUACAUAGAGAACUUUAUCAGUAUACAACAUUGACAAGGGGAACUAUAUUUGCUUGUCCGUCAUCCAAGUAAAUCAGAAGUUGCACGAUUCAAGUACUGAUCUAAGUAAACGUCAAAUAAUUCCAAUGUAUUAUUUAUCGUUAAAUCUAUAAUUUUUGUUGGCUUUAUGCAAUUUUAACAUAUUUGCUUAUAUGAGUGAAAUUGUAUAUUUAAUAUGUAUUUAUCCAGAUGUUCGCCAGGACAUGAAGUUAAAAUGUAUGAUACGUAUAAUAACGUGUAGAGAUUUAAUUAUAAUACAAUCAUUGUCUUUAACGAUUUGAAAAUAUAAACGAUUACACUAGCCAUUGUGCCUAUUGAGUAUAGGAUGAGGUACCACACCAUCCUGUAUGCUUUGGUUUUCGUUUCUGUAGAUCUGCAUUUUUUUUACCUGUUUUAUUUAAGUAAUUAAUAUUUAAAAAUCAUGAUGUAUACACAGCUUCAUCCCUGUGCGAACAGUGGAAUAUUUUUUGUUUAGCUUUUAGAACUGAUGUAAUAUUGCAGGAAAAAGAAUUUAAAAAACAUUUAUAUAAAUAAAUAUUAUAUAUUUUAGUAGA